AUUCCAUAGAAAGUGAACAAAUGAUUGGAUUUAUUUUUAAUUUUAUUUUGGAAGGCUUUUUUCUAUAAAAAAGAAAAAGAUGUAACUAAUGUACCUCUCUAGAAAUAGAGAUAAGUUUAUGUUUACAAGCAUGUGUUCAUAGGAUAUUCCUAUGCGGCACGAAGAACUUCUGUUGUCUUCUAUUGAAUAUAUAUGAUUUAUAUAAAUAUAUUUUAUAUAUAGAGAUUUAUCCUAUUCCAGUGACAUCAUGAACCCGUCACAGCUUCGAAAGGGUCUUCAUUGUCAUUAUUUUCUUAAGCGAAAAAAGUUAUGUCGAAAUAUUUGGAAUUCUAUACCGUUAAUUAAGAAAUACUCUUCGUCUGUUGAUUCGGCAGAAGAAGACUUCUUUGGAAUCAGUGAAAAGGACUCCCUCGGACAACCAUCUGAAAAGGUUGAUGAAGUUGUAAAUAACGAUUAUAUAUACAAAAAAUAUUUACCUAAAAUGGUCGAUAAAAUGUCAGACCCAUCGCUUGAAAAAAUUUUUCAAGUACCGUUUGGUAGUAUUCGACUAGAUUCUUAUAAUAAACAUGCCCUUACUGAUAAAAUGGUAAGAGAGAAACAUGACGUUCAUUUAGGAGACUCGUCAUUUGAAAGCAGAAUUUCUACAGAGACCGAAGAUAAUAUUUCCAAUUUUCGUAAAUUAGAUGCUUCCAGAAAUAAGAACUCAGAGUUUGAAUAUAUCGAUAAUCAAUAUUUUUCACGAACCGAAUAUGCAUCCGAAUCGAAGGGAUUAAUGGAUAAUGAAAAAAUUACUUCAUCUGCUAACCAUACCUUGAUGGAUUUGGAAAAUAAGGAUUUGCACAGAAGCCAGAAUCAUGAUUUAAAUAAUGUUACUCAUGAAUUUGUAUCAGAUGAAAACUUUAUCGAUUCGCAAUAUUUCAACAAACCGAUGUCCGGAACAACAGAUGAGCCACCAUCGUUAGAACUAAAUUCUACACACCGAGCACAUUCUUUGGCAGAGAAUAAAGAAGAUUUGCAAAGAGAAAAUCUGCAUUUUAUUGAUAAUCAAUAUUUUGGCCUUAACGAUCAAAACGAAGGAGCAUCAACCGUCCUGAAAAAGAUUAAACCUGUUUUGACUAAAGAGGAACCUCUUGAAAUAAAGGCUCAGUCAAAACCACCUACCCAUGAUGAUGAAGAAACAGAUAAUGCAUUUAAUGUAGCUAUGAAGAUUCGAAAAAAACUUCGGGAGGAAAACGUUCGAGAUCCUGAUGGUCCUCUUUUAGACAGUAAAGGUUUCCGUAUUUUGAAAGACCAAGUUACUGAUUUAACUAAACUGACAAGCUAUGAAAUCGUAAAUCAUAUUAAAAGCAGAAUUAUUUAUAAUAGGAAUGACAUUGUUGCUAUCAAUAAGCCAUAUGGCCUGUCUUCUCAUGGUGGUCCCGGUGUGCAUGUGAGUCUAGCAGAUCUACUACCAGAACUUGCAGCUAAGAUUUACCACAAAGGAACACUCCAUCUUAUCCAUCGCCUUGACAAAGAAACCACAGGGGUUCUCUUACUUGCAAGGACAGCAGAAAUGGCAGCUGUUCUUCAUAAGAUGUUCAGAGAACAAGAAGUUCUCAAAACGUACUGGGCCAUAACUAAAGGUGUACCAAAUCCUGAUGUUGGAAUUAUUGAUAUCCCAAUCGCUGAAGGAUCAAUUGAUGGGAAAUCAAGAAUGGUUCUGAAACCUGACUACACUGAAGAAACCCGAUUGGUAAUGAAGAAAAGUUCAGUGAAACGAUCUGAAGCUGUUACUCACUACAAAGUAUUGUGUAAAUCAUUUGGAAGUGCUUUAGUGGAAUGUCAACCAAAGACAGGUGUCAAGCAUCAAGUUCGAGUUCAUUUAGCAUUUGGUCUCAACACACCUAUUAUUGGAGACCACAAAUAUUCACAUAUUAACAAACUUGCUCCUCAGCGUUUGUUUCCAGAAAUAUUACAGCGCCUAAAUGUCCGACAAAGUAAAGUACGUUACAUACCAAUGCAUCUCCAUUCAAAAGCUAUAAUUCUCCCUCAACUACUUAAUGGUAAAAACCUGUUCAUAAAAGCUAAUUUACCAUACCAUUUCUACAAGAACAUGAAGAGCUUAAAGCUUAAAACAGACAAGUAAAAGUUUAUAUAUAUGUAUGUAUAUAAACUGCAUUGUGCCUUAAAAGUUUUUAAUAGAAAAUCACUUUGGAAAUAAAUAAUACUGUUUGAGGUGAUAAAACUGAUAAAUACUUUUUUCCGACACAAAAAUAACACUUUGUGAGACUGAAAGUAAAAUCUUUGAGAUAAAGCUGCAUCACCUUCAGUUUA